UCCCUCCUCUCGAGCCGGCGACGGUUCGUCGCUUGCCGCGCGACGAUUCUUCUCUAUAAAUAAAGGUUUGUGGGGGAUUUUCAGCUCAGUUUGCGCUGGAUCGCCAAGCAGUCGAGUGGAAGAAGAAAGAAUUUGCAAACCAAAUAUACGUAUCCUCCCCGCACCCGUCGAUCACGAUGAAGCAGUUCGUGCUGAUCACCGUUGCGCUCGUCGGUCUUACGGCCGCCCAGUUCCCCAAUGGCAGAACGCUCGAUGCACCGAACCCAGCGCUCUGUGCCAGCCGCAUCAUUCACGAACGUGCCCCAGAUGGCAAAGGCUACUUCUUCUCGUGGCGCGAUCCAACGCUACGGGGCGUGGAGAAGGAUUGGCUCGAUGCGCGAAACUUCUGCCGCCAGCGCUGCAUGGACAGUGUGUCGGUCGAGACGAGCCCGGAAAAUGAGUGGAUCAAGCAAAGAAUCGUGGAAGGGCGGCAAAAGUACAUCUGGACGAGCGGGCGGCUGUGCGACUUCAAGGGAUGCGACCGUCCCGAUCUGCAGCCGACAAACAUUAACGGCUGGUUCUGGACUGCCGAGCUGCAGAAGCUUGCCCCGACGACGGUGCGCAACCAGAACGAUUGGUCGGAGGGUGGCGGCAUCGGCAAACCCCAGCCGGACAACCGUGAGCUGAUCCAGGGCGGUGCCUCGGAAAACUGUUUGGCCAUCCUGAACAACUUCUACGACGAUGGCGUACACUGGCACGAUGUUGCCUGCCACCACGUGAAGCCGUGGGUGUGCGAGGAGAACGACGCACUGCUAAAGUACGUCAAGUACAGCAAUCCGAACCUGCGCAUUUAAGCACGGGUUCGUGUGUUUGGGGUACCGGCAGUGCUAAAGCAAAAACCCGACCUUCAACAUUCCAUGGACUGCCUGGCGUUUGUUCGUUCUUAACUAAUUGUCAACCCUGACGACAGUGUGCAUAUUUAUUGAUACCGUUUACCGUGGCGAUCGGCCAAGACAAACCUGCCCCGAUCGCCGAUCGUGUGAAACUACUGAAGGACGGAAAGCGAGUGACAACGGAGAAGGCGUGCAAACAGUUUAACGUUUUGCUUAUUUUUGUUCUACACCAGCGCGCUUUGAAUCGAUUUUAAUGCGAUGCGCGCUUGGAAAAUCGGCAAAGCGAUUAACGGUUAAAUAAAAGAUUUUUAAAUUAAGUACAAAACUAAAA